AUGGGCCCGCAGCUGGAGGCGCUGAAACUCCGGGCGUCCGAAUGCAUCGACGCGGCGGCGGAGCGGCUGGCGGCGCUGAGCCGGGAGAUCUGGGCCGCGCCCGAGCUCGCCUACGAGGAGCACGGGGCCCACCGGGCCCUCACCCGCUUCUUCGGGCGGGAGCCGCCGGACGCCCCCUGGGCCGUGCGGCCGCACUACCUGCUGGACACCGCCUUCCGGGCCGAGUGGGCGCCUUCCCCGUGCCCGGAGCCCCUGCGGCUGGGCUUCCUGUGCGAGUACGACGCGCUGCCGGGCAUCGGGCACGCCUGCGGACACAACCUGAUCGCCGAGGUCGGGGCGGCCGCCGCCCUGGGGCUCCGGGGGGCGCUGGAGACGCUGCGAGAAACCACCCCGCCCGUGCAGAUAAUUGUUCUGGGAACACCUGCGGAAGAAGAUGGAGGUGGCAAAAUUGACUUAAUUGAAGCUGGCGCUUUUAAUCACCUCGAUGUGGUGUUUAUGGCCCACCCGUCCCAAGAGAACGCAGCUUAUCUGCCUGAUGUGGCAGAACAUGAUGUGACUGUGAAAUACCAUGGAAAAACUUCUCAUGCUGCAGCUUAUCCAUGGGAAGGAGUAAAUGCACUAGAUGCAGCUGUUCUGGCGUACAACAAUCUGUCAGUUUUAAGGCAGCAAAUGAAACCCACCUGGAGAGUUCAUGGUAUAAUAAAAGAUGGUGGUGUGAAACCAAAUAUCAUUCCCUCUCAUGCUGAAUUAGUCUACUAUUUGCGUGCCCCAUCAAUGAAGGAGCUAUCAACUUUGACCAAAAAAGCAGAAGACUGCUUCAGAGCUGCAGCUCUGGCCACAGGGUGCACUGUUGAAUUGAUAGCAGGAGCACAUGACUAUUACAACGUGCUUCCCAACAAGAGUCUGGCGAAGGCAUAUGUGGAGAAUGGAGAGAAGCAGGGGAUUGAAUUUAUCUCUGAUGAUUCUGUCCUGAGUGGCUUGUCAGGUUCCACUGAUUUUGGAAAUGUCACUUUUGUGGUUCCUGGAAUCCAUCCCUACUUUUACAUCGGUUCCGAUGCACUUAAUCAUACUGAGGAGUACACGGUGGCUGCAGGGUCACAGGAAGCUCAGUUCUACACUUUGCGAACAGCAAAGACUCUGGCAAUGACGGCCUUGGAUGUAAUUUUCAAACCAGGUCUUCUGGAAAGGGUCAGGGAGGAUUUCAAGCUGCAACUCCAAGAGGAAGGGUUUCUCAACGCGACGCAGGAAGACACCCCGGCUGUGGCCUAGGUGUAUUCUGAGAAUCCCACUCAACUUUUCCCCGCGGCCUGCUUCCUUCAACUACUGCAGGGUCACAGUGAGCUCCUGUUGCCUCGAAACUGGAUGACACGAUGUGAGUGGGGAAAGCACUUUACUUUCUGCCCACUAAAAGGAAAAGUUCAGUCAAAUACUCCGUGAAAACAAGACCACUUUAGGACCUGGGAACUAUGGAACAGAAACAUCAUAGAAGGACGUCAGGAACCAGUUGAAAAGAUCUACUGCCACAGAUGCUUGAUCCAUAAUGUGACGAUACUUGAGCGAAAUUCACCUGUCCCCUUGAUAUUGCAUUUGAACGGGAUCCGGGAAAGACUUUACAUUAGUCAGUGAGUCUUCAAAAGGAGGAGGAGAUUUGGGAUGGUGCAAAACUCACUGUAGAUCUUCAGGGAAAAACUGUUCAGACAUAAUAUCUGUGUGUGGCCCACGUUUGUCUGGAUCACAGAGAAUCAACUUUGCCACAUCUUGAUCGAAGUGGAACCCUGAUCGUAUAUUGGGUAUUUAAAGGGAAGCAGCUGGGGAAAGGGAGUACCUACAAAAGCACAAUCUGCCUCAAUCCCACCAUUCAUGCUUUUGGAGUGUGUUGUGUUGUUAGUGGUGGUGGGUUUUUUGGGGGGUUGUUUUUUUUUUUUGUUUUUGGUUUUUUGUCUCUUACGUUUGUCUAGUGUACUUGCCGGGUAUUGAAAUCACAAUAUUGGCAAUAUACUAUCCCAAAUUCAGCAGAGGACAUGACCUAGGGAGGAAGUUUUUCUGAAUUCCCCUUGAACAAAUAGGCACCAUGUUAGUACAAGGGAAGGCAUUGCUUUUUGCAGUCCCGGCACCCAUUUGGGGCAUGGGGAAGGACUUGAUAUUGUGUGGACCUAGCAAUGAGGGAAAGGGAGUGAGGCAUGGGCUAAGUGCUUAGUGCAGUGCUCUGCGCACAGUAAGCGCUCAAAUACAAUCGAGUGAGAGAACCAAACCAAGAAUGACAAGAAAUGCAAUUAAGUGGCAGGAGGCAUGAUCCAUUUUAACAAGCAUUUGCCAUACUGGGAUGUGUCUUCCUUUGUGUGCCAAAGUACCUCACUGAAAUAUAUGAAUGCAGGUUAAACCUUACAGUGCCUUGUGCCUGUUUCAGCCUUUAUUCUGGUCAGCAUGCAGUCUCUCAGCUUGGUCCUGACAUUCAAAUACUCCUGUUGCUUUCCUGUAGUGCUGUGCGGUGACUGUUUUGAUAAAGGGUUGAGAGUGAUAAAGCCUAGCACUUGGGGUUAUUUAUUUUGGAGGUGCUGGAUUAUUAGCAAGUGUGCUUUUUGCCAGCUGUUGUGUGUGAGAAUUCAAUAGCCUUUUCAGAUUAAUUGGAACAGUUACCUGUUUUGCAUUAAUUUGGUAUAAGUUCCAAGGUAGCAGCAGUCAUUAUUUCAAAUGAAUUUUGUGGCACUGUGUUUAUCUUGGUUUCUCACAUCAAUCACAGAACGGAACUCUUUCACAGAAGGGUAUUGUCCCUUCUAAGAAGGAGAGAAUCCUUUUUUAUUGCCUUGCCUCUUAUUUAGGAGUUAAUAGUAGGUUAGAUAAGCUCUCCUAGAAUAAUUUAGACAGAACCACACACUGUGAUCAGUGGAACGAGUCGUUACAGAAUAAGGGGGCUGUAGAGGAGAGAGAUCCUCAUGAACUCCUAAAGUUACCAAAUAUCCGUAGCCUCCAACCUUGUUCUACAGACAUCUGCAAUGGUGGGGUAAGUGGGAUACCUGUCUGAACUGCUUUUUUUUUUCUCAUUCUGUUUCUCAUAAUAUCUCUAACUUACAAAAUUAGGUCUUGGCAACUCCUCUAGUUUCCACGCUGGCAAUAAUGAGCAAGUUAGAACUGCUACAGUUUCUGCUUUUUCUGUAUGUGUCUUUUCCAUACUGAUUGCCUUUUCAGCCAACCUGCACUUGGUUGGAUUGUGGAGACGAUUGGCUUUCUUGGAAAUCUGAAGAAGCGUGCAAAAUUUAAGUUCAUGAGGCGUUUGUCUGUGUGCGAGUGGAAAAAUGGAAUGCAAAACCUUUCCACAACAUCGUGAUGAGGUUGCUCUUGUACAAAACUAGUCCUUUUAAUAUUUGUUCUUUUGCACACGAAGUUCCUGCAUUUAUAAACCAACUGUUCUAUAGCCAAGAGGAUUGUUACAAGCAAAUUUUUGUGUAAUAAAUGCCUGUUUGGCACCUAGUCCUUUGUAAGGCUAAAUGGUGGAAGAGCUUCCGAAGAGAUGUUUGAACUCUGAUGGGCUAGAUGGAGCUUGCGCUACCACAGUCUUCACUUGUGGUUGAGUUGUACAUGGGUUGAUUGGGUUUGAUCAGACGAAACAAGUCAAUUUCUGUCUCUGUGGGUGAAUCAAAAGUGCCUGCUUUCAUCAGUUUGUAGUUUUGUGCAAUAUUAUAAAUCAGUGUGCUGGACAGAAUAUUUGAAAGAGCACUUAAAGUAUCAUUUUCUUUUAAGAAUAAAUGUUCUUAUCUUAGA